AUGGGUACGUUACAAAUGAUGAAGUGUGUGAUCAUAAUUCUUAUGGUAACGGGCUUGGUGAAGUCAGGAUCUGGUGAAGAAUACCAGGUUGGAGUUGGCAUUGCUGAUAUGACUGGACCCUGCGCUGAUAUCGGCUUUAUGGGUUACGCUGACUUAGGUCAGAAAGGCGGUGGAAUUCAUCUUCGUCAGUUUUCUCGAGCUUUUAUCUUCGUCAGAGGCAACACCCGGGUCGUGCUUGUGACAGCAGAUAUACAUUCCAUCGAUACUGGUGUAAGACGACAGGUGGUACAAAACCUUCAACAGAGGUUUGGUAACCUCUACAGCUUACGUAAUGUGAUCCUGACAGGAACACACACUCACAGCGGACCCGGGGGAUAUCUUGGGAAUUUCUUGUUCAGUGUACCCACAUUGGGCUUCUCUAAGGAAACUUUCGACGCUUAUGUGAACGGUAUAACUCGGAGUAUAGUGAACGCUCACAAUCAAAUAGUUCCUGCGCGUCUCUUCGUGAGCUCAACGCAUGUUUUAAAUGCACAAAUGAACAGAUCUCCUUACUCGUACGAUCAAAAUCCUGCCGAGGAAAGACAGAGAUAUAAUUCUAACACCGACACUGAGCUAACUCAACUCCGCGUGGUGAAGUCUGACGGUAGUUUGCACGGCGUUCUCAACUGGUUCGCAGUCCACACAACCAGUAUGAACAUGACUAACAGACUGAUAUCCUCCGACAACCUUGGAUACGCUGCCAUGAGGAUGGAGAAGGAAUUGAACCCGGGACGAUGGGCGGGAAAGCCUGCGAUAGUUGGAGGAUUCUUCUCAGCCAGCCUUGGAGACGUAUCUCCCAAUAUCCGUGGUCCUAGAUGUGAGCGCAGCGGUCAGAAGUGUGAUAACCAGUUCCGACUGUGCGACCUGUUCGAGCUUUGUUUCGCUCAGGGUCCAGGAGAAGACAUGUUCGAGAGUACCAAGAAAAUAGGAGAAGCUAUUUUUCUAGGAGCUAUGGAAGCUCUUUCCUUACCAGGCCAAGAGGUGAGGGGUUCCCUUCGAGUUGUGAACCAGUUUUUAGAUAUGCCAGCGGAGAGUGGCUUCAGAUACGAUCCCGUUCAAAGAAAAUUUACGAACGAAAGAGUACAUGGUUGUGUGCCUAGUCUAGGAUAUAGCUUCGCAUCAGGAACUUUCGAUGGAGCGAAUGGGCUGAAUAUUACACAGGGAACUCUUGUUGGCAAUCCACUGUUGGAUGCCAUCACCUCCAUAAUCGGUAAAGCAACACCAGCUGACGUGGCGUGCCACGCUCCGAAACCGAUUUUAUUAGCCACGGGACGGGCGAAUUUCCCGUUACCCUGGCAUCCAAAUAUAGUAACCCUAUCACUCAUUAAUAUCGGAGGAUUCGCUGUCAUUGGAGUUCCCGGUGAACCCACAACUAUGGCUGGACGACGAAUGAAGGAUGUGGUCGCUGAUGUUUUAAAACAGAACGGCUUCGAACCCAAAGUAGUGGUAUCUUCAUCAGCUAAUGAUUAUGCUCAUUAUGUGACCACGUUUGAGGAGUAUCAGGUUCAACGUUAUGAAGCCGCCUCAACAGUUUAUGGUCCGCACACUUUAGACAUUUACCUGAAUAAAUUAAAAGAGUACACAAUAGCCACUAUAGUGGGAAAUAUUAUACCUGAGGGACCUGAACCGGCAGAUCUUUUGAACCAGACUAUUUCUUUUAUACCUUCCGUCCCCACAGACAACGCCCCAUUCGGCACCAAUUUCGGAGAUGUUCUUCAACAACCACCCGAAAUCGUUAAAGCAGGAGAAAUUGUUACUGUUAUGUUUGUCGGAGCGAAUCCUAGAAAUGAUUUGCGACAGGAAUCAAGUUAUGUAGUAGUUGAGAAGCUCGAGCAGGGUGGCUGGAUAACCGUAGCCACUGAUGCUGACUGGGAUACCAGGUUCUCGAUCGAGCGAGUUGAAGGAUUGUUCUCAUCGAGCAUUCGGGCUACCGUGACGUGGCGAGCCUCAAGCGAUCGGACCCUCCAUCGCGUGUCCUAUAAUGGAGCAGCGAGAGGGUUUUUGGGAAACAUCGUCAGCUUCCGAGGGGUCUCAAAUCCUUUUAUGAUCAUAUAA